AAGGAUGAAGGAAAUUAACGCGAACCGCUAUAAAUCGCAGCUUUCGUAUUUGUGCAUGGACGGCUAGUCGGGUCGGUCGCCCGGCCGGUGGAUAAAGGCUUUAACGCACGUCUCGUCGUCCUGCGGAGUGUCUUUAUUCCGGACCGGCAAACGGAAAUGAAUCCGGUGGCAAAAAGUGAUAGUCAGCGGGUGAAAGCAUUCGGCGCACGACAAACAACAAAAGUUUAGUGAUUGUGGGAAUCGGGUAAUUGAAAUGUACCGAAGUGAAAGUUGUUUGCCCACAACGGCAACGGUGCCCACCAAGCGCGUCAUCCGUCGAGAGUGAGGAAAGCAUCGGCAGUUGCAUCGCAUCCACCCACAAUCCUUUUGUGAUGUGUCCCAUCGACAUAGUGACGUAAAUAGUGCAGAAGCAAGAAAAGCGUUUCAUUUCGAUUGCCAAACAGUGCAGCAGCAGCACCAGCUGUGGUUGAGAGCUGGUAUUCUCCUGACGAAGAAAAAAAAACGGGGGGAAUGUUCGUGAUGAGAUGAGUUUUUCUUCGCUUUUAUGUUUUGUGUUUAAUCGGGGAUGAGUAAGCCGCAUGCAUUUGAUUACGACAGGAAUGGAAGCUGAAAUGUUGUCUUUGUUGAGUACUUUGAGCAUGGGAAGGGUAGUUCCACGGCACUGUUGAGUGUGGGUGGGUUAUGGUCAAACGGAAGCAGAAGGAUGGGCAAUUCAUCGUCUUCGUCCCGAAGUGAUAAAGGGAGAAAGUGUCGCAGCUUGCCCAACUCGCCGGAUGUGAGAAGACAACUGCCGGUACCGUACACCAAACCGGGGGUCAAUGGGGGCACGGCCAUUCCGCUGCCGGCGACUGUUAUGGUCACCCGGCGAUGUCCACCGGAUAAAGUGAGGCCAUUGCCACCGACCCCGAACCAGCAGACGGGACUUCAUCCGGGCUUGCAGAAGCACACCCUCGCUAGCGGCAACGGGGGCGUAGGAGGAGCCCAGGCAGGAAUCAGCGCCGGCAGCGGAAGUACCCCACACGAUGGCAACAGCUGCCCAGGGAGUCCGCAGCAUAAUGGGACGGCGAUAAUAACGCAGAUCCCCAAAGGAGGCAGCAGCCUCCGACCACCGCAGACGACAUGCAAGAUUCCGGCCAGUCCCUAUGCGACCCAAACCAUCGGGACCAACCACAUCAAUAACAACAACAACAGCAGCAACAGCAACCACAACAACAACGUCACCCUAAUCCCGAACGGAAAUGUUACCAACAUUCCCAACCCAACCCAGAAGCAAUCGAUGCUGGAAAAACUGAAACUAUUCAACAGCAAAGAGAAACAGGACAAAACCUCCAAAUCGACCAUUUCCAAGCGGACCAGCUCGAGCAGUGGCUUUUCCUCGGCUCGAAGCGAACGGAGUGACUCGAGUUUGAGUCUGAACGAAGGUCCCCCGGGGAAACCCGCCAAGGAAUGCAAUGUGGGUAAAAAAUCCGACACUGCCAACAGUAGUGCCAAAGUUAAAUCAUCGAAACUCAUCUCAUCCAAGUCGAGCUCGAAGGAUGCGUCCGGAGCGAAGACUUCCGCGGUGGGGAAACUGGGCGGGGACAAGAGCAAAGUGGGUAAGGAUCAGCCCCACGAUACGCACAUUCCGAUCACGGCUCCGAAGGCGCACAAAAUUCCGACGGCGGCGGCCAUGACGACUGCAGCCAACGCCAGCGGAGGCCAGCCGAAGACCGAAUCGAAACUGAAACCUGCCUCUGUGGGAGGUACGGGCAGCAAAAAACUCGAUGCAAAAUCCGAAAGUAAAACUAGUUUGUUGCUGCAUCAGCAGCAAUUGCACCAGCCACAGUCACAAUUGCAACCUCCGAAAACGAUGGCCGCUCCACCGUCAGUCAAUACUGGGAUUCCGAAACCGAUGGCCGCUGUGAAGGGAACGAGCAAACCGUCGCAGCCACAGCUAGUCCUUCAGGAGCACAAAUCAAAGGAUGAACUUUCGAAGCUGGAUCGUGCUCUGGCUGGUUUCGGGAGCCACCAGAACGGCCUGAUCUCGCCUCAGCAUUUGCCUAAUAACAUAUCAAACAACAAUAGUGAUCGGUUGAAUGUGGUGAAUACAAUCAGUGUCGGUGGUAACAACAACAUCAUGGGAAGUCCUUUGAAACUCCCCUCCCAGCAGCAAAUCCCCAGCUGCAUGAGUGACAGCAUGCAUUCAAAUUCGACACAGGGCGCGUCCAUCGGUCAACACUCCAACUCCAGCGAGUCCAGCAGUGUCGUUUAUCGCCCCAGUGGAUCGGAAAGUGGCUCCGAGCUUAUCUCGAAUCUCAGCUCCCCUCACAAGUCUUCGCCCUCGUUCCUAUUCAACGAUGUCAAUUUGAACAACAAUAACAACAACAAGUUCAACACCGUGCCAUCAAAGAUCCUAAACACUGCCCAGCACCAGAAUGGGACCAUCUACGAGCAGGAGGAGAAGCAAAUCACCGUGGUCCCAAUGAGACCCCUGCUCCGCGGGUACAACAGUCACGUCACCCUGCCGACUCGGGGUGCCCGCGGCCAUCACUACAUAUCGGAGUACUGCGAGGACCUGGGCGGCCAGGGCUAUUGCAGCGAUGGGGACGCCCUGCGAAAAAUCCCCGCACGCUACUCGGACUCGAUGGAGAACGGGUACCUGUCGGAGGGCGGUGGCGGUGGAAGCAGCAUGAUGACACGCCAGCAGUACAUCAGCUCCUUGCGGAAUCGAACGCCGCUGCCCACGACGAUCGAGGAACGGUGAGUAAUAUUUGAAAAUAAAAAUCAUAAAAAAAAGUUGCUGUUUUCAUGUGACCCGAAACCGCUGUCGGUCGAGGGUACAGCUCGUAUUAUUAUUGAAGCGGAUAAUUUAUGUUUGGGUAAAUGGCGAGGGCCGAGGUGCGUGCGUGGGAUUUGUACGGUCGUAAUUCGCUAUGGGCAAGGAAGAUUCAAAAGGCGCGGGGAGAUGUCUCGCCGUGGUGACAGUUAUUUCUGUUGGUGGAUUGUCUGGUGUUUGGGAUGUGGGGCGUCGUCUGUUGGGUAAUAAUAUGUGGAAUAAAGGAGAUGCCGAUGGAAGGGGGGCCAGUCCGAAAGACAUGCCGAGGAAUUAAUUCAUGGGAUUAAGAGGUCGAGCAUUGCUGGGGAUGGCAAUUGCUCGGAGAUUUGUUGUGUGCGAUGAUUUAUUGGAGGGGUCAUUCGUUGCGGAAUUAAUUUAGGGAGAAUUGUAUUUGAAAUCAAUUCAUUUGCUGACGAUUUGAAAAAAAAAACUGGAAUGGAAGUGAUAAUACUUGAUCUGCCCAUGAUCGCAUAGCUGACGUAUAAGUCAAAAUUUCCAGAAGUUUUUUUUUGCGGAUGAGGAUUCUUUUUACGGUUAUAUGUACAUAUGGGAACAAACAAAUGGACUUGAUGAUCCUUCUUAUCCAAUCCACUAAUAAUUU